UUGUAGUCUUUCACACGCACGCAGGCACAUACACCCACGAGAGGAGCGUCAGGUGGCAGCGGCAUGCAGGGUCAGUGCUGUAGGAAACGAGAUGAAUUUCUCCAGGCUGCGUAACGAGUGUACCGGGCUGUUUCACAAUAACUCGCUUUACUGUGUGUCCGACUGCACAUUUUCUCAUACACAUUUUUGAUCUCGAAUCCAUGUAAAAAUGCAUCUCUUUCGGACUUACAAUUACCAAGUGUUUCCUGAUCGCUAUUCUGUGGAGAAAGCGGCUAUCAGGGGCAUUAGCUGGACACCACUGUCUGAGGCCUUGGACACACAGGACCCUAUGAAGCAGUUUUUGUCUGACCGGAUCUUAAAGGCAGCUCGGGUGGUAUAUAGUGCACUGAUGGAAAGAAAUCCGGGUCUAAUCAGAGACAGGAAACAUCACCUAAAGACCUACAGACAAUGUUGCAGUGGAAAGGAGCUUGUUGACUGGCUGAUGAAGCUGAAUGACUGUGCCCAGUCCCGGAGUCAGGCAAUUGGCAUGUGGCAGGUGUUAGUGGAUGAGGGCAUUGUUGUAAAUGUGAAGCAAGAGUUCAACUUUUAUGACAAAGAAACACAGUUUUACCAAUUUAUGGAGACAGAGUUUGAUCUGAAUAUCACAAGCAGUGAAACGGUCUCCAAAGAUGAUGAGCUUCAAGAAGGUCUGUCGUUCUUGGUCCAGAUGGGUCCUGAUGCUCUUCUGAAUAUGAAACUCCGCAAAAGUCCAAGCCAAAGGACAGCUGAGGAUGUGGAAGUCAUCUAUGAAGAGUUGCUGCAUGUUAAAGCUGUUGCCCAUCUGUCUACUUCUGUGCGCAAAGAGCUGGCCGCAGUCCUUGUGUUUGAGUCAUAUGCCAAGGCAGGCACAGUAUUAUUCAGCCAGGGAGACAAAGGCACAUCCUGGUACAUCAUCUGGAAGGGGUCUGUUAAUGUUAUCACACAUGGCAAGGGCUUGGUGAACACCCUUCAUGAAGGAGACGACUUUGGCCAGCUUGCUUUGGUGAAUGAUGCUCCUCGUGCUGCCACCAUCAUAGUGAGGGAAGACAACUGUCACUUUCUCAGAGUAAACAAGCAAGAUUUUAUUCGAAUUCUCAAGGAUGUGGAGGCAAACACGGUGCGUUUGGAGGAGCACGGGAAAGUUGUCCUUGUCCUUGAAAAAAGCUCAAGCCAAGUGACACACCAGGGAGGAUGCAGCAACAAGUAUACAGUGAUGUCAGGAACACCAGAGAAGAUUCUUGAACAUGUUCUGGAGACAAUUAAAUUGGAUACCAAUGGCUGUGAUCCCAUAGAUCCGUGUGUACGUGACUUUCUUCUCACACAUCAGGUAUUCAUGCCCUCUUCACAGCUCUGCCAUGUCCUUCAGCAUCACUACCACACUGAGCCAUCUGAAGGUUCUGAGCUGGAAAAGGCGGCUUAUGCUCUCAACACCAAGCAAAAAAUUGUAAAACUAGUGAGCCUGUGGGUGGCAAUCUAUGGCUCACAGCUGAAGGAAGACCUUUUUGCCUUCCACUUCCUGGAGAAACUCAAAGAAGCUGUGAUGGAUGACACAAGACUCUCAAGUAUGCUCAGAGACCAGCUGAGAGAUAGGAGAACAACCCGAGUGCCAGAAAAUGGAUGCCAAACACUUUUGAAGUUUAAAUUUGAUUGGUUUGCCAUGUAUGAGGAUCAUUUUGGGAAAUUCCACUCAAUCAGAGCCCAAGACAAAGUUUUGUAUGAGAUUUUCAAACCCAACCACAGUUGUCUGGCAAUGAUGUUGCCUGUGAACUGCUCAGUGCAGGACAUUAUGGAUGUUUUGGUGGACCCUUGUGAAGACCAUGUGCUGGUCAAAAUGAACUCUUCAGGAGAGAGGGUUCUGCUCAAGCUGGAUGCUACAGCCAUUUUCACAUCUAUGGGGCUUAACGAGAGGCUCUUCUUGUGCACUGCAUCUCAGGUGGAGCAGCUGACCCCUCUAAAAGAGCAGCUUGGUCUAGAGCAGAGCACUGUUGACUACCUGGAGCAGAUGUGCUCUAAGGACAUUGCCAACCACCUCAGCAACCACAACUGGGAACUGUUCAUGGCCAUGCAUGAGGUAGAGGUUCUCUACUAUGUUUUUGGGCGGCACAAAUUCCCAGGAGCCACCACAGCUAAUCUGGAGCGAUUUGUGCGACAUUUCAAUGAAGUACAAUACUGGGUGGUGACUGAACUCUGCUUGUGUGAGGACCUAAUGAAAAGAUCCAUGCUCCUCAAAAAGUUUAUAAAAAUAGCAAUUGUGUUGAAGGAGCAGAAAAACCUGAACUUAUUCUUUGCAGUGAUGUUUGGCUUGAGUAACAGUGCAGUGCAGAGGCUCUAUAAGACAUGGGAGAGAUUGGCAAGCAAAACCAAAAGGAUCUACUAUGCUUAUGAGAGAUUACUGGAUCCAUCACACAAUCACAGAGCAUACAGAUUAGCUGUGGCCAAACUCAACCCACCAUACAUUCCCUUCAUGCCUCUGCUACUCAAAGAUAUGACAUUUAUCCAUGAGGGCAACAAGAAUUACACUGAUAAUCUGGUUAACUUUGAGAAAAUGCGGAUGAUUGCCAAGACAAUGAAGAUAGUUCAGGACUGUAGAAGCCAACCUUAUGUGCCUUCAUCCCCCCAGAAGGGCUUCACAGAAAGAAUGUUCUUGGAGUCUCCUGCUAUGCGAUUAUCUACAUAUUCAGAGCAGUCACUGACUUUACCUGGUGUGUCCCGCAUAAGUCACUACAUCCAGAACCUUAACGUGAUUGAUAAUCAGAAGAAACUGACACAGCUUUCCAGAGACUUAGAGCAUUAAACAGCACUCACUCAUAUUAGCUGUUCCUUUCAAGAGUCCAACCCCAUAUUGGAGGAUGAAAUAGAGGAAACCAUGAUAACCUGAAUUGGGAUUGGAGAUUACAUUUUCAUGAAGGCUUUCUCAUAUCAGUACAUCAGUUCAGUAUUGUCCUCUAAUGCCUUACAAGUAGUGACCUUUUUGGACAACUUGUGUUUGGUUUAUAUAUCUGCACUCAACCGUUUGUACCAUCUACAGUAUAUGUGAUAAGGAUGACAUACUAUACUGAAACUUCAUAGAGGUUAACCUUAGUAACAGGCUUAAAUUGUACAGUCAUUACUAGUCUAUCUCAGGUAUAUUUCAAGUAAA